AUGCUCAAACUGAUUCUGGAAUAUUUACUUUAUAUUUUAUCCAUAAGUUUAUAUCUUAUUCAUGGCGGGAGAGUCACUAUUGCAUUGGCUGUUAUCGUCGGAUUCAAUGUUUAUGAAUAUGAAAAAUAUCAAUCAAAGAAAAAUUCAAAUCCACCUCUAGUGUCUAAAGAAGAAAAACCCAUCACCAAAAAGAAAACAUGCUGCGGUGGUAAGGGUGGUGCCUCGUGUUGUUCGAAAAACAACAAAUCUAAUGGUAAAAAGUGUGCUUGUAGUGGUGGCGGUGGGAAUUAUGGUAAAUCUAAAACUGUUGGCUCACAAGGAGAUGAAAAAAAGACCACAUCAUCCAAUGUUGCUAAUAAUAGCAACAGUGUUGAAGAAAUUGACUUUACCAAUGCAUUUAAAAAAGUAUCUUCAAAAAAAAAUACUACUAAAAAAUCACCUGCUUCUUUAAAAAACGUGAAAGUAUCCGCUAAAAAAAACAUACCAAAAUCUGGUUUAACCGUUUCCAAUAAUUUAUUAGAUUCCCAGAUUUACAUAUUAUAUAGCACUUUACAAGGUGCUGGUGAAAGAGCAGCAAAUACAGUCAAAGAAAGAUUAGGAUUUUUAUAUCCAAACGAUUUGAAAAAAGAGCCUAUUAUUGUCCAUUUGGAUGAAGUUAAUGAUUUGGAAGACUAUUUUGUAAAUGUUCCGAAAAACUCCAUUUACAUCAUGGUUGUUCCUUCUUAUGAUACAGAUUCUCCAUUGGAUUAUUCUUUAGAAACUUUGGAUGAAAUCUCUAAUGAUUUCAGAAUUGAUAAAUAUCCUUUGCAAAAAUUAGUUGGGUUCUCGGUGCUAGGUCUUGGUGACUCCGAAUCUUGGCCUGAAAAAUUUUGCUAUCAGGCUAAACAAUUGGAUCAAUUACUAUCUACCAUUGGUGGACGUAGAAUUUUUCCGAUGGGCCAAAUUUGUAUGAAACGGGAUAAAUGGGGCGCAGUUGAAGAAUGGGCUGACUUGUUGGGUGAAACAUUAAAAGAUAACGAACCCAUACUCUACGAAUAUGAUGAAGAUGAACAAGAAACAAGUGAGCCAGUAGUGGAUUUGGAAGAUAUCGGCAAAUCGGAAGAGCUUGAUACUACGACCAAAAAGAUGGUAUCUGAAAACAGUCCUACAUAUAAAAAUUUGACAAAACAGGGCUACACAGUCAUUGGUUCCCAUUCGGGUGUAAAAAUUUGUAGAUGGACCAAGAAUGAUCUAAGAGGUAGAGGUUCGUGUUACAAACACUCCUUGUUCAAUAUUGUAUCAAGUAGAUGUAUGGAACUAACUCCUUCCUUAGCGUGUUCCUCAAAAUGUGUUUUUUGUUGGAGACACGGAACUAAUCCAGUCUCCAAAAAUUGGAGGUGGGAAAUUGACGAGCCAGAGUAUAUUUUGGAAGAAGGUUUAAAAGGCCAUUAUUCUAAAAUCAAACAAAUGAGAGGUGUUCCAGGAGUAAGAGCCGAUAGGUUUCAAAAAGCUUUUCAAGUGCGUCACUGUGCCUUAUCUUUAGUUGGUGAGCCUAUUAUGUAUCCACACAUUAACAAAUUUGUUGAACUAUUACACGAAAAAGAUAUUUCAAGUUUCCUUGUUUGUAAUGCUCAACAUCCAUCUCAACUAAAAGCCAUGAGAAAAGUUACACAAUUAUAUCUAUCUGUUGAUGCACCAACCAAAUCUGAAUUGAAGAAGGUAGACAGACCGUUGUACAAGGAUUUUUGGGAAAGAAUGAUGGAAUGUUUGGAUAUCAUAAGGACCACGCAAUCUCACCAAAGAACUGUUUUAAGACUAACUUUGGUUAAAGGCUUUAAUAUGGCAGAUGUUAGUUCAUAUGCUGAUAUUGUGGAGAAAGGUUUGCCAUGUUUUAUUGAAGUUAAGGGUGCCACUUUUUGUGGUUCAUCUGAUGGCAACGGUAAUCCGUUAACUAUGCAAAAUAUUCCAUAUUAUGAAGAAUGUGUUAAAUUUGUUGAAUCAUUGACUGAAGAACUAAAUAGGCGUGGGUUGGAAUAUGGUGUGGCUGCUGAACAUGCACAUUCCAAUUGUAUUCUGAUUGCGAGCCGGAAGUUUUAUAUCGAUGGGGAAUGGUAUACUCAUAUUGAUUUUGAUAAAUUUUUUGAAUUGUUAAGAUCAGAUGUGCCUUUUACAAAUGUGGAUUAUAUAGCCAAGACACCGGAAUGGGCUUUGUUUGGUAGUGGUGGGUUCGCACCGGAUAACGUGAGAUUCUAUAGAAAAAAGAAAGACAGAAAUGAUGAUACUAAAGAGCAAAAACAAGAGAAUGUUGCAUAA